ACUCGUCAACUAUUUCCGCCUAAAAUUACACUUCCCGACCCUCCCCUGGCUCCCCUCUUCUCCUCCGGCCGCGGCUCAAACUUAAACCCUAGAGCCACACCCCCGUCGCUUUCGCGACCCAAAUCUCAAAUCCCCCGAGGGGAACUCGCGCGCGAAGGCAGAGUCGCGCUCAUGGCUCGCGUCUACGUGGGGAACCUGGAUCCGCGCGUGACGGCGCGGGAGGUCGAGGACGAGUUCCGCACGUUUGGGGUUCUGAGGAGUGUAUGGGUUGCUAGAAAACCACCAGGAUUUGCCUUCAUUGACUUUGAUGACCGCAGGGAUGCACAAGAUGCAAUUCGUGAAUUGGAUGGUAAGAAUGGAUGGAGGGUUGAGCUGUCAACCAAAGCUGGUGGUGGCCGUGGCCGAGAACGCAAUGGAGGUUCUGAUAUGAAGUGCUAUGAGUGUGGUGAACCUGGUCACUUUGCACGUGAAUGUCGCUUACGGAUUGGUUCGGGAGGCCUGGGUAGUGGAAAUCGUCGCAGUCGGAGUCCUAGAUACCGCAGCCGCAGCCGAAGUCGCAGCCGCAGCCCAAGAUAUCGGAGGAGCCCAAGCUACAGCAGAAGGAGCUACAGCCCACGGGAUCGUUCUCCAAGGAGGCGAAGUUACAGCAGGUCGCCACCGCCCCCUCGUGCACGAAGUUACAGCAGGUCGCCGCCACCCCCUCGUGCACGAAGUUACAGCAGGUCGCCGCCGCCCCCUCCUCCACGAACUUACAGCAGGUCGCCUCCUCCAGCACGAAGCCAGAGCAGGUCACCACCACCGCCUCCUGCCCAAAGUUAUAGCAGGUCACCAGCACAGCAGCCCCAGCGUGAGCAGUCCCCAUAUGCUAAUAAUGCCUGAAUUCUUAGUUCCACAAUGCUGGAAAUGUAAGGGGCCCAGCAUGUCUUGCUUAAGCACUUCGGUUCAACAACUGUAACUCAUAGGAUUCAGUUUUGCAUUCGCAAGUGUUAUGUGUUUCCGGGAAGACACCGCUGCUGAUACAAUUGUGGAGGUAGGAACCUAGCGUUUCUGUUUCGAUUUUUGACUGGAUGUGACUUGAGCGCUUGUAGUUGUUAAGACAAUGUCUAUUUCCUGUGAGAUUUGUAUGAUUAGAUGGCUUGGAAUUUGGACAAAAAUGCUUAUCUUGCGCAA